AAUGGCUGAACCAUGAUGUCAGUGCUUCGAAUUGCGAUGUUUAAGGAGAGAGAAUCAAAAAUGCCUCCCCCGACAUUCCGUACUCUCUCUCACUUACUCAGAGGUCGGUUCGGAGCGAUUUGCAAUGGCGAGUGAGUCCGACAACCUGACCAGAGAACAGUACGUGUACAUGGCGAAGCUAGCCGACGACGUGGAGCGCUACGAAGAGAUGAUCCAGUUCAUAGAGAAGCUCGUGAUCGGCUGCACCGCCGCCGGAGGCGAUCUGACCGAGGAGGAGCGGAAUCUCCUAUCCAUCGCCUACAAGAACGUUGUCGGCCCCCUCCGCGCCGCCUGGCGGACCAUCUCCAAGAUCGAGCAGAAGGAAGAGGGCCGCAAGAGCGACGACCGCGUUGUCCUCGUCAAGGACUACAGAUCCAAGGUCGAAUCCGAGCUCUCGCAGGCCUGCGCCGGGCUUUUCAUGCUCUUGGACUCGCAUCUGAUUCCCUCCGCCUCCUCGAGUGUGUCCAAGGUGUUUUACUUGCGGAUGAAGGGGGAUUACCAGCGGUACCUGGCGGAACUCAAGGUUGGGGCCGAGAGGAAGGAAGCUGCUGAGAAAACUGUGCUCUCCUACAAGGCUGCUCAGGAUGUUGCUCGUGCCGAUCUUCAUCCAGCUCACCCUAUUAGGUUGGAAUUAGCUCUCAACUUCUCAGUUUUCUACUAUGAGAUUUUAAAUGCACCGGAGAAAGCUUGUGGCAUUGCUAGACAGGCCUUUAGGGAAGCUACUGAUCGGCUGGACGCUGCGGCUAUAGAGUCUUUCAGGGACAGCCCUUUUUACGUGCAAGUGCUGAGGGACAAUGUCACCCGUUGGACCUCAGAUAUGCCGGUAAGUUGACAUUGCGAGUAGGUGGGAUUUAUUCAUUUUAAGUAAGAUUAUAUAGACCUUUUUUUUUGUGGGUAAAUAUAUAGGAUUAGCUUAUAGUCUUGCUGUUCAUUUUGAAGAGCCGUUUACAUCACCUCUCUCCCCCCAGGUUUAUAGUACAUAGAAUUCAAUAUAGAGAUAUAGGCAUAGAAGCUGAAAAUGUUGUCCUGGAAACCCUCAAACAGUUUUUUUU